CUCUUGACGAAGCCGCUGGGACUCUAUCGAUUCGCUUGAUCCUGGGACUUCUUUGCAGUCAUGAUUCGGGUUUCUAUGCCCCUGUGUAUCUUACUGUUUGCGCUGCAAGCUAUUGCUGUGGUGAAGGCCAACUCUGGAGACAAGCUGAUAAGAAGAAAAAGAGUAUGGCUUCCCCCAUCAAAAAAUCUGACAGAAAAUGUAGACUACACUAGAGAGCGCUCCGUUGCCUGGAUUCAUUCAGAUUAUGAUGAUGGCAAAGGGAAUAUUGACUACUCUCUAGAAGGCAUCGGUGCAAACCAAUAUCCCUUCCAUGUGUUUGUAGUCGACCCUAAAACUGGAUACGUUCGUGUUACCAAGGUGCUUGACAGAGAGCUCAUCAAUACGUACAAUCUGUCAGGUGUUGCUAAGUACACGAAUGGCAUCCGAGCAGAGGACGACGUUCCCGUACGAUUUAAGGUUGUAGAUCAGAAUGAUAACGCUCCUGUAUUUGGAGUCAUCAAGCCGGGGGAGGUGAAUGAGCUCAGUGCUAAAGACACUUCAGUUAUGAAAAUAACUGCAACUGAUGCUGAUGAACCAGGGAAUAAGAACUCCAAGAUCGCCUACAGCAUCGUAAAUCAGAACCCACCUGAUGACAUGUUCUACAUGUCCAAGGAUGGGACCAUCUACGUCAAAAAUUCUGCCUUGGACAGAGAGAAAGUGGAUCAGUACACUCUAACGGUGAAAGGUCAAGACUUAGACGGUGAACCAGGGGGACUGAGUGGAAUCGCCAAUGUUACUAUUAAUGUCAUAGAUGUGAAUGACAACCCUCCUACUCUGGAAAAAGAGAAGUAUGAGGGCAGCAUUGUGGAGAACACAAAUGGCAUCGAGGUGAUGAGGAUCAAAUCAAAUGACCUGGACCUGAAGGGCACAGACAACUGGGAAGUUGUGUAUGAUAUUGUGACAGGCAAUGAGGCCGGGUACUUCAGCAUUGAAACAGACCCCAAAACCAACGAGGGCAUUCUAAUGCUCGACAAGGCCGUGAAUUAUGAGGAUGUGAAGGACCUUGACCUAGGAAUAGCUGUGAGGAACAAGGCUCCACUUGGAGAAGGGGCAACAGGGGCAGCUGGAGGAGGUGGGGGCACAGGGGUGGCUGCAGGGACAGGGGGAGCUGCAGGGACAGGUGGAGCUGCGGGAACAGGGGGAACUGGAGGGUCAGGGGGAGUAAUUGCCACUGGUGCUGGAGCUGGGUCUGGAGGAUCAACGGGGCAAAUUGGAACCACACUUAAAACCUAUCCAAUCAAGAUCAAUGUGAUAAACCAGCCCGAGGGUCCAGCUUUUGACCCCGAUGUCAAAGCUAUUCCCAUAUCAGAGGGAGGCCAGCCCAUUGACAUCAACGAGGUUAUUGCCACCUACCCAGCAAAAGAUCAAGACACAGGAAAACAAGCUGAAAAUGUCAGGUAUGCCAAGGGCUCAGAUCCUGCCAACUGGCUCACCAUCGACCCAAAGACAGCUGACAUCAAACUGAAAAAAAGGCCUGAUAGAGAAUCUCCAUACCUGGUCAAUGGGACAUAUUUUGCUAAAGUACUUUGCAUUUCAGAAGACAUGCCUGGUAAAACAUCCACCGGCACAAUAGCCAUCCAGGUAGAAGAUUUUAAUGACCACUGCCCCACCCUGACCAGUAACGUCGAGACUGUGUGUAUCCCACAUGAUGCUGUUUUGGUGAAUGCCAGAGAUGAUGAUUUAUUCCCCAACGGGCCACCUUUUCACUUUGUCAUCAUCCCAGAAGGCACUCAGGGCAAAUGGCAGGUGGAGCAUUUAAAUGAAACUGCAGCUAUCCUGAGAGCCCAGGAGACCCUAUGGCCUGGUGUCUAUGAGGUGCAAUUUGUGGUGAAGGAUCAGCAGGGAGAGGCCUGUCCAGAACCACAGAAAGUCGCAGUCCACGUUUGUGAAUGUGAAGAUGGGGUGGUGUGUAGGGAAGCCAGCAAAGGAGCAAAGUUAGGACCUGCAGGCAUCGGUCUGCUUUUCCUGGGCCUGCUGCUGUUACUGCUUCUUCUUCUGUUGCUGCUCUUCUGCCAAUGUGGGGGGGCUGCAGGGCUGCCAGGGGGCUUUACUGAGUUGCCUUUUGACACCAAAUCACACCUCAUUAACUACCACACUGAGGGCCAGGGGGAGAACACGGAGGUGCCACUACUGAGCAUGCCAACUCAAGUGGACGGAAAUAUGGGCAACAUAACUAUGGGCAUGGCAAACAAUACUUCAGCAAUGCAAACUUUGGGAGGUUUGGAUUUCCAGAAAUCCGUCACUUCUAUGGAUGGGAUGAACGGGGCCGGCUAUCAAGGAGAUUUUACAACUGAACAUAGAGAAGAAACAUUUGGGAUGAUGAACCAGCCGAGCGGCAGUGGCUUCUACUCUGAGUUUGAGAGCAGAGAAACAGAAUUUUAUGAUGGCAUGGCUCUUCCAGACUACUUCCUGGAACAGUACUACACUCAGAAGGUGAACAGUGGAAAUGAGAAUCGUGGAGCAAAGGACAACUAUUUGGUUUAUGACUAUGAGGGCCAGGGCUCUCCUGCUGGCUCAGUGGGCAGCUGCAGCCUCCUGGAGUCUGACAACGACCUCCAGUUCCUCGAUGACCUUGGGAUGAAGUUCAAGACCCUGGCUGAGUUGUGCGGAGGCAAGAAGAUCCUGACUGAAGUCAAACAAGAGUCCACUCCUCUGCCCAGUGCCUCCAUUAAUACCCAGAUCUCAGUAUCAAGUUUGAUGGCUGCCCAGCAGCUGCCCACUCCAAAGCUGCCCACUCCACAGCUGUCCCCUCCACCCAAGCUGCAGCCCAGCAUCACCCAAACAGGGCAAACUCUGGUUAAAGAGACAUCUGCGCAUACUCAAAUGGUGAACAAAAGCUUUGCCACUUUGAGGGACGGGAUGACUACAGUGAAAGAAGGGAUGGCAAAUCAAGGUCAGAUGCUCCUACUACAGCAGCAGCAGCCUAUCUACUACACCACCACCCCCGUACUGCAGCCAAUGCAAUACAUAGUCCAGCCACAGUUUCAGAACACCGUGCUGCUGGCUGAAGCACCAGCCACCAACCUGCAGGGCAUGGUACUGGUUAAUGGCACCCAGGCUGGACCUGCCCAAGGCAUGGUUGUUCAGGGACAGACAAUGAUGUCCAACGGACAUGCCCAAGGCCCCCAUAUGGUGCUGGUGGAGGGGAGCGGGGCCAACCUGAUCCCCACUGGCAACAUCACUGGAGCCCAGACCAUGAUGGUGGUAGGGGACAAGGUCCCUUCAGGGUCCGUGAAAGGCCUGAAAGGGAGCCUUGUGCAGGGGGGCACUCUGCAGCCAGGAGGGCUUUCAGGAUCUCAGACAGUCCUGGUGGUCGGCAGUCCAACAAGCAGCGGAGGGCAGCUGGUCCAGGAGGCAGGAAGUCUGUCCCAAAUGAGUGACGUCUCUGGCUCUCGAAGCUCCCUCUACCGCAGCACAUCCAUUGGUGCCCACAGCAGCUUGAUGGGUUCCCCUUCCACCACAGUGAGCACAACCCCCACCUACCGCAAGGUGGUGGUGCAGCAGGAGGAAUUCACUGAAUGAUGAUGUCGUAAAAGACUCUUUUUUUUUAAAUGCAAUUCAAACGUCUGGCAAAGCAACCUCUCAAGUAUUUUCAGGUUAUUUGUGUGUUGAUGUCAGUUUAUUGGUGGAGGGUGUGCUGUAGCAGUGUCACUAGAAGUGAAGCUACAUGUAUCUGUGUUCAUUUACCACAGCUUCUGAGUUACACCAACAUAUGCACCCAAACAGCAAGUUAUUGCAUUGUAAAACCUAACUUUUUGAUUUAAAAAAUACAUUUAUAUCCACAGUUUUCUGGGAAGAAUAUUUUUUUACAAUAUAGACUUUGGAUCCAAACACAUAAUUGCCAAAACUUUACCGAAGGUAUUUUUCUUUCCACUGUUGUGUUGUGUUUUUUCUUUUGUGUGUUGUUUGCUUUGAUUACUCAUUUUGUGUCCUUUUGUCUGCCAGUAGCAUGGCAACAUCAGUCUGUUGGUCCACUAAUUUGGUCCAGACUGAUUCGUCUCAACAACUAUUGGAUCAGGGUCAUGAAAUCUGUAUAGCCAUUUUUGGAACUCAGAGGGUGAAUGGAUUUGGUGAUCCUCCUGAGUAGUGCCACUAUGAGGUGAAAGUUUUCACUUACCCUGUUAAAUAUUGUAACAUCUUAUAGAAAGAGCAAACAAUUUAACAGACCAGUAACUUUUAUUAGCGCUAUUAUCAGGUCAAAAAUAUAAAUUUGUCCAAUAUGGUAAACAAAUGGUGAGCAAGCUAAACAUACCAGCAUGUUAGUAUCAUCACUGUGAUCAUGUUAGCAAGCUGAUGCAAGCAUUUAGUUCAAGACACAACUGUGUCUAUGAAAAGCCUUACAGAGCAGCUAGCUGCCCAAUUAUAUUAAUCUGUAUUUUGAAUUGGCAGCAACUGUAUACCAACUCUGCCACCUGGCUACCGAUCCUACUGCUGAUGCAACACGGGCUGAUACCCAUCUACUUUGAUCUUAUCACGUAGCUAAAAAGAGCAGGCUGUAGCUUAAAGUAGAUUAAAUGGUCAACAAUCUUACAUGUUACAUAAAGCAAGUUAGGAUUUGCAUGUUUCGAACAACUGAGGCAGCGGCUGCAACUGCUGACUGUCUGAAAGCACAUUUAGUCUUGCUUUCUAUCAGGGCUUGUUUUUCCUUGCAACAUGCACAGUAUUUUCUACUGAAUUACUUUGUGAAUACCAAAUACAAAUGUAACUUACUUCAAUAGCAGCUUGUGAUCAAUGUUAAAUUUUCCUGUCAACAUGAUCAGUUCUAUUAUUUUUUCCUAAUAAUGCAAAAAGCAUGGGACAAAUGAGUUAGUGAAUGUUGCUCAGACCAUACUGUGGGUUAUGAAGGGGUAAGCUUUGCAUAUUAUUUCAGAUAAAGUGUCUCUGUUGUGAUAUAACAGUCUGUUACUCAUUGAGAGGCCAUGUUUUAUAUAACCGGCAUUAAAAUUAGGAAUGGUUCAAAUGUGUCACUGACUGUACAGAAGAUAAUUGGAAUGUUUGUUACACCUUGUUUCAUUAAUAUUCCUUAUUAGUGAUUAGUGUAACAGGCUGUAGCAGUAGUUUAUUUUGGUCAUUUUCAAACUUAUACCAAAUAUACUUAAGAAAAAAAGAAAUUGUAAUUAAAUUGCAAAAAUUGUAAACGCUUCUCAUCACUGAUGAAGCCACAGCUUUGCACAAGUAACCUGACCAGCUGUUCAGAUUUUUGAGAUGUGUGAAUUUAAACAUGCAUCUAAUGGUGAGGGAGAAAACACCCACCUCAUCAUGUGGCUACAGUAUAAAAUACAGAAAAGCAUACUGUAGUACACAUACUACAGGACAACAAAACACAAAGAAAACAAACCAGCGGCCAGAUUACAAAGCACAACCAGAAUAUUUAGCACUUGAUUCAGCACAGUCUUGAUUUUAAUGCAGUGAUUACAUGGGUAAGAUUAACUUGUUGGAACUGCUCCUGUUUAUGAGGAUUGUACAGGUGAGUUUUGAAAGAGUGAUGUUAGCCAAGGUAAGACUGUUAGCAAUAAUUCUGUUAAAGUAGAAACACUUUAAGCAAUAUAACGAAAAAGUGGGGGUGUUAUUAACAAGAACUAUCCAAAAAAAAAAAAAAAAAAAAAUUACUUCUGUUCACUUGCACUUUGGUUUCUUGGGACCCAGCUUGAUCUUGACAUGAUUGAUAUACUUUUACACAGUUUCUAUGUUUAUGCAAUUGGAUUGUUGCUCUUAAAUGAGCUACAGCAGGUGUUUUAAUGUUGGACAAAAAGGUUUUUUACUAAAUACAGUCAGGAUGCCAUAACCUUUGUCUUAUUUUGCUUGUUGUUGUUGUUGUUGUCAAUGCCAUAAAAUGGCAAAUCAUGCUAUGUUCACACGAACUGAAACUCUAAAAGACUAUUGGACUGAGCAGUAAAAAAAAAAAAAAAAAAACAUGUACUUUGGAUUGAUCACUGCCACGUCA